CAAAGCACGAGGGGGCUUCGCUGAAACAGUUGCCUGUAUGUGUUGUGCUUCCUUUUCUUUCUUGAUGUCCUUAGAGACCCUGCUGGCCUUCCUUUGGCUACCCUUCCCACAUGCUCCCCACAAGCUUCUUUAAAGGUCCCCGUGGCCAGUCACAUUUCGGAUGGCCCACAGAGGCCUCACCCUGCCUCGAGGAUUCUCACCCCACAAAGAGUGGGCCCUACAGGGGACAAGGUCGGUUCCAGCAAGACGUUCUCAGGGAAGGCAGGUCCUGGGGGAGAGAAGGACACCCCUCUUUGAGGGCACAAUGCAGGGGCAGCUCUAGAACCCUCCAUUCUAGAAUCUGCCCCUGCUUUCCCAGAGUCUGCCCUGCCCCACACCAGUCCACGGCUGUGUUAGCCUCCCACCCCGAGCUCUCAGCCCUGGUCGCUGCCUGGCCUCUGCCCCGGUCCCAUCAGCCUCCUCCAGCCCUGUUGCCCUAGCCCAUCUAACACAAGUCAGGCCUCAGCCCUGCUCCCUGACCCCAGCUCCCUGCAGUGAGCUGGACCGCCCUGCCCUCCGUGAAGGGCAGUGCCAGGCGAAAGCUGGGCCAGCGAAACUUCACGGAGCAGGUGUGUGAAUGCAGGGACAAUGGCUACCUGCUCUCUUCCAGGAAGAUGGGCUCUGGGGCCUUCUCCAGAGUCUACCUGGCCUAUGCCACACGUGAGCGCAUGCAGCACAACGCCAAGCUGGCCUCCGACCUGCGGGGCAAGCACCAUGCCAUGGUGAGGUGGGCAGCAGGCUCGGCCACCGCCCUCUAGCCCAGCCCCAGUGGGCCCUGUCCUAACCCCGCUGAGGCACCUUCCUGCUGAUCUGGCAUCCUCUCUGGAGGCCAAGGCUCCUGCAAGCUGGCUACUCCCAGUUCCAGAACCCCUUGAGCACAUCAGUGCCAGGAAAGAAGGGGAAGGCCAACACUGCCCCCCGAGGAUGCUGCUUCCCAACCUCACCCCAGCCAAGCUCGGCAACGUGCACAAAGGACAUGGGGCCUGUGCGUGUCCCCCUCCAGGGGCUGUGGUCUACACACAACGGCCACCCCCCACCCCUGCAGGUGGCUAUCAAGAUCAUCUCCACUGCCAAGGCCCCUGUGGCGUUCUCCCAAAAGUUCCUGCCUCGUGAAAUAUCAUCACUCAAUGCUACCUAUAAGCACCUGAAUGUGGUGCAGCUGUACGAGACCUACCGGAACAGCCAGCACUCCUACUUGGUGCUGGAGCUGGCAGCCCGCGGCGACCUGUUGGAACACACCAACUGGGUGUCGAGCCGCUGCAGCCCGGGGCUGGAUGAGGAGGAGGCCCGCAGACUGUUCUGGCAGCUCGUCAGUGCCGUGGCCCACUGCCACAGCUCCGGCAUUGUGCAUCGGUGAGGGCGCUGCCGCCUCUGCAGCCUGCUCCCACACCCGCAUCAAGAGGCCACCCAUCUGAGCCCAGGACCAGCACCUCUUCCCCUUCCCC